AUGAGUAAAGAUGCUAGUAAAGGACUUAUCGGUUGGAAACCUAUAAACGACAGACUAAUAACAGCGAGAUUUAAUACCAACUAUGGAAAACUGUCCAUAAUACAGUGUUAUACACCAACAAACGAAGAUACUGAUGAAAUGAAAGAGGAGUUUUAUAACACAUUGAUUCUCUUAAUCCAAGAAGUGCCAAAACACGAUGUUCUGAUGGUAAUGGGAGACUUGAAUGCUAAAGUUGGGCAAGAUAACACCGGAUUUGAAAACAUCAUGGGAAAAGAAGCAGUUGGUUUAAUCAACGAUAACGGUGAACGACUUAUAGAAAUGUGUAUAACAAACAACCUAGUUAUUGGUGGAUCAUUAUUCCAACAUAAGAAUAUACACAAGACAACUUGGACAUCACCAUCGGGAAGAUUACAUAAUCAGAUCGAUCACAUCAUGAUAAACAGCAAAUGGAGAACAUCCCUCCAAGAUGUGAGAGCUAUGAGAGAUCAAAACUACAAAGAACACUUUAAACUGGAACUAAGAAAUCACUUUGAACUGUUAGAACAAAUACCAAUAGAAUAUGUGAAUGUUAAAUGGGAGAAACUGUCCAGUAUUUACAAACACUGCAGUGAUAAGAUUCUUGGAAUUAGGAAGGGGAAAAGGAAAGAUUGGAUGUCGAUGGAAACGUGGCAAAUGGUGGAAGAUCGUAAGAUAAUAAAAGAACUGCUGACAUCAAGCGAGGAAGGAACUAAAGCCACCUUAAAAGGAAAACUACGCCUCAACAAAUAA